AUUCUGGUUAAAAUGUAGUAAUUUGAUUGUAAAAUUUAAAUGAUGAAUUGAAGGGACUAGCUUGUAGUUGGACAAGUCUGACUGAAAUGGACAUUAUUAAUAAAAUUCGAAAAAGUGUAUCGAACAUUUCAUUUUUUCGAUUUGGAUAUCGAUCGGACGGUGAAGUCCCUUUAGAAGAAAGGCCGCGUACAACAUCACACGAGGAAAAAGGAAGAGUCAAGUACGGCGAACUAGUCAUUCUCGGUAACAAUGGAAGCCUUCCACAGGGGGACAAAGGAAGGAGAAAGAGUAAAUUGGUGUUGUACAAGAGGGAUCGACCAAAUGGCAUCAAAAGAUCGAAGCAUUAUGUUGUAAAAACACCGCAUGCUUCACAGGCCAUAUUGGACACCACCCAACAUUCAAUUUCAUAUACUCUAUCAAGAAAUCAAGCAAUUAUAGUUGAAUACAUGCCAGAUGAUGAUACGGAUAUGUUCCAGAUUGGUAGAUCAUCAGAGCCUCCAAUUGAUUUUGUAGUCAUGGACACAAUUCCAGGUGACAAAUGUUUUGAAGGCAAGGUCCUUGCUAGUACAAUUUCAAGAUUUGCAUGCAGAAUACUAGCUGAUAGAAACAACCCAAAAGUUUCAAGAAUCUAUGCAGCAGGAUUUGAUUCAUCUCGGAACAUAUUCCUUGGAGAGAAAGCAACAAAAUGGCAAGAAGGCCAUGAUGUAGAUGGACUCACAACAAAUGGUGUAUUAAUCAUGCAUCCACAAGGUUCGUUCUGUGGCGGCGAUGCCGAAUCAGGAAUAUGGAAGGAAGUUUCAGUCGGUGGCGGGGUGUACACAUUGAGGGAAUCGAGAUCAGCCCAACAGAAAGGCAAAGCUGUGGAAGGUGUCAGUAAUAUUUUGCAAGAUGGUACUUUGAUCGACCUCUGUGGUGCGACCUUACUUUGGAGAUCAGCUGAAGGACUUGCCAAGUCUCCUACGAAAGAGUAUCUUGAAAGUCUUGUAGACAAGGUAAAUGCAGAAAGGCCGACAUGUCCUGUUGGUCUCAACACUUUGGUCAUCCCUCGAAAAUCCAGUAACGAUUCUGAAAAACAGCCUUAUGUCUACCUGAACUGUGGCCAUGUCCAAGGAUUACAUGACUGGGGUGUAGAAAAAGGAACCAAUUCAAGGACGUGUUCAAUGUGCUUCAAGACUGGUCCAAUAGUUAAAUUAACAAUGGGCAUUGAGCCGGCAUUUUAUGUGGACUCUGGUCCUCCCGCCUUCUUCGCGUUCAAUCCUUGUGGGCACAUGGCAACAGAAAAAACUGUGAAAUACUGGGCAACUGUCCCUAUUCCACACGGAACGAGUGCUUUUGAUUCUUUUUGCCCAUUCUGUGCUACUCCACUUGAAGGCUAUCCUGGCUAUGUGAAACUAAUAUUCAACUGAGCAGUUAACAAAAGACUAAUAGUGAUUGUAUCAUUGUGAUUUUAUAUAAUGCAUACCAAAAGACUGUUAAGUUACUUUAUGUAAAUUCAAAUUUUUAGUAUAUGUAGUAUAUUUAAAAGCAAAACAAAACAAGAGAAAUUAAAAAAAAAAUGUAUAUAAAAUUAAAGGUCAAAUGGCCUUAAAACAUUUUAUAUGAGCACGGGCGUGUAACUUGUACAGUAAAAGUCACUUUGAGAAAUUGGCUAGAGGAAGAAUUAUCAUUUAAUUAUAUAUAUUUAAAGAAUGUAAUUUACUCUGUUUAAUAUCCAUUGUAUGUAUAUUUAUGCUUAUUACUUAUUUUUUUAAUAAAUAAUUAUUUAAAUGUAAUUAAAAAAAUUGUAUAAAGCCAAUUAAGAUAUUAAAGUGUUGUUUUUGUGUACUGUACACGCUUAGAUAAAAACGGCGGGACUUAGAGAAGAGGAUAAAUUAUGGCUUUAUUGGAACCAAAAAGCAUAAAAUAUGCAAAAUGCUAUGAAGCUGAUGUCAGGUGUGUGUACUGCAUGCAUAUAUAAAUGGACAGCCACAGGGUAGAUACUGUAGACAUUUUGUCUGUCUGUUAAAAUGAACAAUUGUUGGAAAGGAGCUGUCAAUUACAAAAACUAGCAUAAUUAAACGCAAAAAAGAGCUUAUUUUUGAUCAA